CUCGAUUGUUAAAUUGAUAAAUACAUCAUAACAAUUGAUUUUUGGAUAAGUUGGGAAGAUUUGAUUUGUGUAAAUAGCACUACUACUGUCAGUUAUUCAUAACAAUCUAUUCCACUCCAUUUAUAGUUAGAUAAUGUCAGUUGUGUCAUCUACUGCCGCCGAUCAAGGUCAAACGACUGCGGCUUCUCGUCGUACUAAGGCAGUAUCUAAAUCAGGAAACAUUUCAACAUUUGUUGAAGAAAAGCGUAUUACUUCAAAUUUAGUUACUAUCGAUACUUUAGGUAAUGAAUUUAAAGUUCCUGAUUAUUCUAUCAAAGAUAUCUUAUCAGCUAUUCCAAAACAUUGUUAUGAAAGAUCUUUAAUUAGAUCUUUAGGUUACGUGGCACGUGACAUCACUAUGAUGAUUGUUAUAGGUUAUAUUGGACAAAGAUUAAUCCCACAGGUUGGGUUUGAAGGUAAAGAAACCUUAUCACAAGUCGUCAGAGGUGGUCUUUGGUGUUUCUAUUCUUAUCUUAUUGGUUUAUUUGGAUUUGGAUUGUGGAUUUUAGCCCAUGAAUGUGGUCAUGGUGCAUUUUCUGAUUAUCAAAAUAUUAAUGAUAUUAUUGGUUGGAUUAUACAUUCUUAUUUGAUGGUUCCAUAUUUUUCUUGGAAAUAUUCUCAUGCUAAACAUCAUAAAGCUACUGGUCAUUUAACUAAAGAUAUGGUUUUCAUUCCUUAUACUAAGGAAGAAUAUGUUGAAGCUCAUGGUGUAUCUGUUGUUUCUGAAAUUAUGGAAGAAUCUCCAAUUUGGAGUUUAGGUACUUUAAUCUUUCAACAAUUAGGUGGUUUACAAUUAUACUUAGCUACUAAUGCUACUGGUCAAGUUUAUCCAGGUUAUUCAAAGUUUGCUAAGUCUCAUUAUGCUCCAAGUUCUCCAGUUUUUGAUAAACAUCAAUAUUGGUAUAUUAUUUUAUCUGAUAUUGGUAUUCUUACCACCAUUACUGUUGUUUAUCAAUGGUAUAAGAACUUUGGUAUGUUCAAUAUGUUUGUUAACUGGUUUAUGCCAUGGUGUUGGGUUAAUCACUGGUUAGUUUUUGUUACUUUCUUACAACAUACUGACCCAACUAUGCCUCAUUACCGUGAUUCAGAAUGGACUUUUGCUCGUGGAGCUGCUGCUACUAUUGACCGUAACUUUGGAUUUGUUGGUCAACAUAUUUUCCAUGAUAUUAUUGAAACUCAUGUUUUACAUCAUUACGUUUCUAGAAUUCCUUUCUACAAUGCUAGAGAAGCUACUGAUGCCAUCAGAAAGGUUAUGGGUGUACAUUACAGAUAUGAUGGUGAAAACAUGUGGGUUUCAUUAUGGAAAGUUAUUAGACUGUGUCAAUUCGUUGAUGACGAUAAGGAAGAUGCCAAGGGUGUCUUAAUGUUUAGAAACAUUAACGGAAUUGGUGUCAAACCAAAGGAUUAGAUGUAUUACUAUCAGUUAAAUUUUUAAAUACACUAGAUACUAUUAUUGUUUAAUUUUUGUUUAAUUUCUGUUUUAUAUUUCGUUAAGGGAUUUAUAUUGGAUUAGAUGGCUUGAUUUUGGUUUCUUGGCUUAUGUUUAAUGUGCAUUGUUAUUGUUAUUGUUUAUACAUAAGCAUAUUUAUAUUUAUAUUUAUAUUUAGACUCCCCCUUAGACUUAGAAUAUUCUUGCACAUACUUCUAUUAUUA